CUCCUCCUACUCUUAACUGGCUUUCCCUAGUGAUCUCCAACGUAAAUAACGUCCAAAUUCAUAGAAGAAGAAGUAAGACGUUGCCCGUGGUUUCCCAACUCAGUUCAAGAUUUAUAAUGGAUAGCUCUGUCGAUCCACCCUUUGACUUUUCAAUGGGAGACCAUCGGGACAAGGAGGAAUCAGCCCAUGAGUCCCACGAGCAAGCUUUGGUCAACGAUCUUGUCAGCAAGAACAAAGUCGUAGUUUUCAGCAAAACCCACUGCCCCCACUGCAGUGACUCGAAGACCCUGCUGACCACAAUGGGGGUCAACUACAAGACUGUUGAGCUGGACAAGUUGCAAGAGGGAGGCGAGGUUCAAAAUGUGCUGGGACAAAUGACAGAUGCGAGAACAGUUCCUCGGAUUUUCAUCUCAGGCCAGUGUGUUGGUGGUAACAGUGACCUGAAAACACUAAAUGCAUCUGGUGAGCUACAAGACCUGCUCAAAGAUCUCUAACUGAAGAAUAAAUCUUGGACUACCGUAAUACUGAUCUAUACGAUCAGAUGAACAUCUUUGAAUCUGAACAUCAGCCUGGUGAUUUUAUAGAUCGAUAAUAUUUUCGUGUUGCGAUAAUAUUAAUAUAUGCUUAUUGGGAAAUACUUCAGUAUGAUUUUUUUUGUACUUGAAUUUAUGAAAGGAAAGAUUAUUUAUUGGAUGAGAAUGGCAAAUAUUUUUGUUAGUAGCACACAAAGCUGGUCAAGUGGAAAGUGACAGAUAAUGCCCCGUACAAACGUACACUACUCUUUUUGCCAUACAUGGUAGGCUAUUUAAAAGCAUUGCCAUGGCUUGUGCUGUCAAAUUGAUGACCCCACACUCUUAACAUACAUGUGCAAUAUCAAUGCACUGCCAUUUAUUUAUAGCACUUAUCAUGUUUUUUUUUGGUAUUCUCCAUCAUGUAUGUCUCUGCUUCUUACUAUGAAAGGGAAUAACAAUAAUAACAUUCUUUUUCAUAGCUUCAAUCCUACUAGGCUCUGCAUGCACAGCGAUUUUGUCUCUUGUACAUUUGUACAUAUGAUAUAGUUGUUCAUCUUUUUACUGUAGAUAUAUAUCAUAUAUAUUUCUAAUAGGGGAAGUACUAGUGGAAGGGCUGGAAUCUUAUGUAUAUUGCAGUGGAGGACAUAAGUCAUUAAGUGUCUAGUCAGCUGUCGUUAUAUAAUCUCAUUGGAAUAUAUUUAAUUUUCAAAAACAUCUUGUGCUCUGACAACUGGUAAUAAAGUUUCUCAUGGAGAAA